UUAAUAUUUUAUGAACUAUGUGAACUGUUAUGGUGCAUCUUCUCUUACAUUACUUAAACAUCUACUACAAAUUAGAUGGUUUUUUUUCCUGUGUUCAGAACUAAAUGUAAUGAACUUGGUUACAACAUGUUUUUAAUUCUCUUUGACUAUAUAUCUAUCCAGCAGUAAUAAAAACAAUUCCCUGCUAAAAUCUGGCUAUUUUCUUUUUAUAUCAAGGAUGACAAAUUCAUCCUUCUGUUAGAGAAUAUCUGAUCUGAUAGUUUGGAAGUUUGGAUUCAUUUUCAUUUGAUGGCUAUAUUUUUUAUAUCAAACAUGGUUGUAGCUAUAUUUGGUGACUAAAAUUAAGUUCGGUAUUAUAAACUAAUGGAAAUUGAACUAAUAAUUGCUAGAUUUUUAUUAGGUUAUCUCUUAUUUACUAUUUUACCAUACAGAAUACUAGAAGCUAGAGGUUAGAAGUUAGAUCCAUCCCUAUGAUUAUUUUUUGCAAAGCCAAAGAUCCACCCCUAUGAUAAUUGUUUUUAUUACAGAUUUCAAGCAUUGUUGCACCCUGCAGGUAUCCUUGAUCAGACUUCUCAAAUUGAGCUUCUUUUUCUUCAUUCAUUUUGAUGGUGUUAAGUGUCUGGAAUAAAAGGAUGUUAUCCACAAAUUUUUUGGUUAUGUGAUUUCAAGUAUUUUCUUUGACAAACAAUUGAAGUAGUUUCAAGUAUUUUCUUUGACUAACAAUUGAAGUAGUUUGGCAGAAGGUGUUACUCAGUGAUUCAUUCUUCUGAGUAACUGAUCCAUUUUUGCGGUAGAUAACUGAUGUCAACCUCCAGGAAAUUGGUCUGGUGGAUUUCAUCGUGUUGUGUUGGAAGCACUCUUUUUAAAUAAAAGCUUUAGAUUUCACCAUUGAAAUCUCAAUCUCCAAGUUUGCCUUCUGUCAGGAAGUCGAAGAAAGAAGAAAACCAAUUCGGGUGGUAUAGCUCCACUGUGAAAAAACAACUUUGGUUCUUUCUGAGGAGUCUUUACGCCAGUUCCAAUUUUUGUUAAAUGAUAAAUCAUACAAGUUUGAGCACCUACAUGCAAUGGAAAUUUCUCUACCAAAUAUGCUUAUGAAUUGCUGUUGGAAAUUGAAUCUGAUAUUUGACCAUUGGUCUUGGAGGAGAAUUUGGAAGUGGAAAUGAUCCCAAAGGGAAGCUGCACGAAUCUGAGCUGUAUUUGUUUAGAGACUGGCAAGUGAUUCAACCUGUUUGAAAGAUGAGGCUGUGCAGUGGCUUUUGGUGUAGGCUCCUUAUGUCACUAUGGCUGAAUUUUGGGCGAUCAAAAUAGCUCUUGCUAUGGCUUGGAAUGAAGGCUGUCGCAGAGUUAUCAUAGAAAGCUAAUCCUUAAAAGUCAUUGAUAUGACUCAUAUUGCAGAACUACAUGUGCUUAUGAAUGGGAAUGAGUUGAUUGAAAUCCAAUACUAGAAAAGGAAAAAUUGGGAGAUAUGGUUACAUGUUUUAAGGGUGGCUAAUCAUGUAGCUGAUUGCCUAUAGCCAAUUAAGUUAGCUCAUAGUUUUCAUUUAGGAAUUCAUGUUUUAUGCUCCCCCUUAGAGGGUUGUUUACAAAUGUUUUAGCAUGAUAGACUAGAAGCUGGUGUUCCUCUUACAGUGCAAGAUUCAUACUUUUUUCUGUUUCGUAAGCUGGACACUGAAGUUAUAGAUGUUCUUUUGGAGUAAAUAAUGUGUAGAAAAUAUAUUUGUUUUCUUCUAAUCCUCUUUGAUUUGAAUGGUUUGCAGGUUUAGAAUGUAAUCCAUAUUGCAGAAGAAAAAUUGGAUGACAUUGUUCAAUGGGUCUUUUCAGCAGCAAAAGAGUUGAACGAGAAGGGGGUUUGAACUUUGUCGCAUGCUUCAGAUUUUGAACAGUCGCAUUGUCAUUUGUUUCAAUUGGCAAUGCUUAAGUAGAUCCUCCAAUGGGGUUUUGAGAAAACUUGCAAGUUUCAACCACUGCUUAAUGUUUGCGCCGCCUCCUGAAAUAUUUGUCAGGCACAUAACUUGGAGGUUAUUGCAUGGGGUAGCGGAUUGUGGUGUGAGAGUGACAAUAUUGAGAGUGACAAUCUUGAUUGGACCACGGAAGAGAAACUAUUACAAAUUGUGGAGAGGAAAGCUUUUAGGUGUUUGUGCUGGUGUUGUGUUUGAAUGCAAGGUGAAAAAAGUAUGAGUUCGGAGAGAUUAAAGCUUGCUUCAUUUUUCGGUUGAAAACUGCAAGUCGUUGUUGAAUGGUCUAAAGUGAAAUUGCUUUGUUGCUUUCAGAGGAUUAAAUGCAAGUGAAGGGUUAUGAUAAUUAAGUGAAAUAAUGUGUUUGAUGUGUAGAAGAUUUGAAGGGGGUGCAUUUUAUAGGGGCUGAUUGAGUGAUACUCAGUUAUGAUAAAUUAAUAUGUUUGUGUUAUGUGAGCUGUGAAUUUUGUAUGAGUUUUUA